GGACGCCCUCUCUAGUAUUACAAAAAAAUCAACCAUGGCUGAAGAAAGUUCUGCUGUUCCGCGGGAAGUUCAAGAAGAAAGUGAAAACUCAGAGACGAAAGAGGAUGAAAAAUCUCAAACAGCCACGAGAAACAACAAAUUUCCAUUGACGAGGAUAAAGAACAUAAUGAAAACUGAUCCCGAUGUGACACUAGCAAGUCAGGAAUCUGUAUUUUUAUUAGCGAAGGCUACGGAGUAUUUCCUUGAGAAUUUUACCAAAUCUGCAUACAGCUUUACUGAAAGGGGCAAGAAGAAGACCAUAAGGAAACAAGAUAUUGAUCUGUCAAUUGAUGCACACGAUUCUUAUGCCUUUCUUGAAGGAGCUCUUGAAUGGAACUAGAACAACUGAUCGAAGCAUAAAGAAGGAAGCCUCAUCGUCCAAUCAUGUUGGUCUUCAUAAAGGGUUCUUCAGAUUUCAUUGUGCCAAAGAUGCCAUAAUGGACUGUUGGAUGUGGGUUUGAUUGCAUGUAUGAUGGCAGUAUUAUGAAAGUUCUGCAAGGUGUUGGAUGCAAUCACAUUUCGUGCCUCCUGCAGGAAAUAUUUUGAAAAGGAUCUUGUUUUGGAAGCCUCCCCACAAUGGCCUUGGUACAUGCACAUGUUUACGUUAUAGGGUAUCAGAUGAUUGAGCUUAUGUUCAAUUCUCUAUUGGUGAUGCCAUAAUUGUGCCAUUGUAUCUGCAUUAUGCCUAACCAAGGGUGUAAUCAGUAUUCACAACUUAGGGAAGUCAUGUAAUUGUGUACAUUAUUUUCUUUGUGUAUUAAGUCAUUAUGUCGACUAUCACUGGUCCGACAUUGACUGAAUCAGACGCAGGAAUAUGUGAUCUAAUUCAAUGGGGCAGUCUAAUUGGCUGACGUAUAUUGUCGCACGCACCACGAACUGUCCUCUCUGCGCACUUUGAUGCAAAAGUUAGUUUUGCAGAGAACGCAUUUAAA